UAAUGUGUUCACUGGCGCCAGGAAGCAGCCCUCCUUUUCCAAGAUGUCGGUGUACGGGCCAGUGGUGAAAAUUCACCCCGUCGUUCUCGCUUCUAUCUGCGACUCUUACGAGCGAAGAAAUGAGGGAGCGAGUCGUGUGAUCGGGACCCUGUUGGGUACUAUUGACAAGCACUCUAUUGAGGUGACCAACUGCUUCUCUGUCCCCCACAAUGAGUCUGAAGAUGAGGUUGCUGUGGACAUGGAGUUUGCUAAGAACAUGUACGAGCUCCACAAGAGGGUGUCGCCUACAGAGGUCAUCGUUGGAUGGUAUGCCACAGGCUUUGACAUCACAGAACACUCAGUGCUCAUACAUGAGUACUAUAGCCGUGAGGCCUCCAACCCCAUUCACCUGACCAUGGACACAGCACUGCAGAGUGGCAAGAUGAACAUCCGUGCCUACGUCAGUGCGCAGAUGGGUGUUCCAACAAAGACAGUUGGUGUGAUGUUCACCCCAUUGUCCGUCAAGUAUGUCUACUAUGACACUGAAAGGAUAGGCGUGGAUCUUCUACAGAGGACACGUAUAACUCCGAGUCGCACCAAGGGGCUUACCUCUGAUCUGUCCCAGGUGGCUGGCUCUGCAUCCAGGAUACAGGACAUGCUGACCACUGUGCUUGCAUACAUUGAGGAUGUGCUGUCUGGCAAAGUGACAGCAGAUAACAGCGUGGGCCGCUUUCUGAUGGACCUGGUCAACAAGGUGCCCACCAUCUCAGCCGAGGACUUUGAGAACAUGCUCAAUUCCAACAUCAAUGACCUGUUGAUGGUGACCUACCUGGCUAACCUCACCCAAGCACAGAUUGCUCUAAAUGAGAAGCUGGUGCUGCUCUGAUUUCUUUCAAGUGAUUCAUAUUUAAAUUUUGUUUAUUUUUUUUCCCUUCUUUUUGGCUGAGUUGAAUAAAGACAUUAAACAGUCA